AGUUCACGAAUUAAUCACGGGCAAGUAUAUUAUGGAAAUUCCAACAUCACUGAAUCUUAUCAUUGCAAAUUGUUAGGAGUGUUCGAAAUAAACAAUUUGAAAUAAAAUGAUUACACGUUUUUUAAUUAAAAGAAAAAUGUUUUUAAGGACAAUAAUAGCUUUGAUAUUAUGUUAUGUUUGCAUAGUAGUUAUGGGAGAUAAUGCCACUGAAUAUUUAUCACCUGUUUUGAAUCGUCCAAAGAAGUUCCCGAAUCGAUUUAGUUUUGCAGGUAAAACCUAUUAUGUGGAUUCCGUAUUCAAGACAAAUUUCUUCAAAGCGGUACAAUUUUGUAGAUUACAAGGAAUGCAACUAUGGGCUAUUAAUAAUAACGAAGAAGAUGCCAGGAUGGUAAAAUUUCUUCAAGAAAAAGGUUUGGAUCAUCGACGUUAUUGGACGUCAGGUGCAAAUCUCGGUGAUCGCGAUCAGUGGGUAUGGUUGUCUACAGGUCUUGAUGUUAUAUAUGCCAAUUGGCCCCCUGGGCAACCUUCUUACUCUUAUAAUGGUAAGGAGGAGAAUUGUAUUGAGUACCGUGGUUGGGGAGGUACCCCGAAUGGGUUUGCAAUUAAUGACAUGGAUUGUAUGGCAGAGUUUUAUUUUAUUUGUGAAUCGAGUAACGAUUGCGCUAACUGCUGGAACUAAAUCAUACAGUUCUUUCAAUUAUAGUUGCAAAAGUUUAAAAGCGGCAUUGAUUUAGAAACAUAAACCAAGAACGAAAAAGUUUUUAUUAUUAGGUAGUCGGAUAAAUGAGCAUUUUGUAGGUCAAGUAGAUCAAGUAGAUCAAAUAUUAUGUUCUUACAUUAUCUAUUCAAUUUCAUCUUCGCUAUCAAAUCUUGUACUCGUUAACUCGACCUUUAGCUUUGCGAACAAAUAAAUAAUCAGACGGGGCCUGAUCAGGGCUAUAUGGUGGGAUUAAAUCUCUGUGAACUUACAUUCGUGUAAAGUAGCCUUGGAAAGCAAAGCAGUGUGGGCUGGAGCAUCGUCAUGUAGCAAGCGCACACCUCGGCUGAUUUUGUCGUGUGCAGUUCUCAAAAUAUCACUUGUUUGGUAUCACAUUUGCUUAUUUAGCACAGCCCUUUUUAUCGAUAGCACUCCAGGAAUCACUUUUUGAUAUCGAGUCAUAGUAAAAGACCAAAGCUACAAAUCGCUAACAACAUUCUAUUCGACGCUGUUUUUGUACUAUGCUGAGAAUUCGGAGCACACUCCUUGCACUAUUAAACACUAACGUAGUAUCCACAGAACACUUGUUUUAUAAAUGCUGGGAUGUACUGCAAUAUCCCGCUCGCGGAUCUAUCUUCAAAUGAUUUUCGUUUCUAGCGAAACAGCUUAGACCAAUUUUUGAAAAAGAAGUAUACACCGUAAACAGCCUCCAUUCUCUUUUUAAGUUGGUGUUAAUCAACAGUGCGAAAAUUUUAGACAUUUUUCAAAACAACUUGACUGAGUGGUCGAUCGAGCUCUACUUUAAUAAAAUGGAUCGAAACAGCAGGUAUAAGUUUUGUGUGAAGCUUGUUUGAGACUUGUCACUGCACUUUAUUUACUAUAUGAGGCCAAGAACUCAUGAAACGUUAUACGGUUAGUUCCAAAAUCGUACAUCUAUCUUAUAUCAGGUCAUAACUCGUUACGCACAAAUUUGAAUACUGAUUUCGUUCGUUGUAAUAGACGUGAACUGGUUGAUUUUUUUUUUUUGGAAAACGAAAUUUCGAAGCAAUACAUAAACAAAAAUAAAUUCUUUGCGUAAAACUAAACAAAUAUUCUAGGCAACUAUAGAUAUGAAAAAGAGAAAUAAAUAAAAUUAUUGUUAACGUACUUAAUGAUUUGAUCGCUUUUCGUAAAAACCGCUGCAGUUGUUCAUGUUGUUAAUGAAAAGUUAUAUAUACGUACUCAAUUUUAUAAAUAAAUGCAUAUGAAACUA